AUGACCGGUGGCGACGACCGCCUGUCCGAUCUCCCCGACGACCUCCUCUGCCGCGUCCUCCGCUUCGCUCCACUCAAGGAGGCCGCGUCCACGACCGUGCUCUCGCGGCGCUGGCGGACGCCGCUCUGGCUCUCUUCCGGCGCCGUGAACCUCGAGACACGCGUCGAGGACUACGACCGCAACAACUACGGCAGUAAUCGCGACGAAGAAGUGGCCAAGUUCUUCUCUCGGCGCAAUGCUUUUGUCUCCGCCGCGGUGGCAGCGCUCGAAGCUGCCGACGACAAAGUCACGAGGCUCACCUUACGCCUCAAGUCUUGCAGCGACAAACCUUUGAACGAUUUCCUGAACGACUACACCGACAAGGGCCACGUCGUGUCGCGCGACAGAAACGUGGUCGACGUCGUGCUCUCCCACCGGGCGGCGCGCCGCGUCGAGGAGCUCCGGCUGGUCAUCAAGGAGAGGGGGAGCGGCGCGUACUAUGACGGCGAGACCUUCAGGAAUAGGAGUAAUAGUUUAGGCGGCCUCUACUCGAUCACCCUCGAGUCCCUUCCGUCGGAGACCCUCCGCGUGCUGGAGCUCACGAACUGCUGGGGACUCUACGAAUGUGAGGCUACUGCGAUCGUGCUCCCGCGGCUGUCCUCUUUACGGCUACGCCACUGCUCCCAGUACCUAAGCUCUCUCCAACGCGUCAUUGACGCCGCGCCGUCGCUCGCCACCGUCCGCCUCGAGUCUGUCUGCGUCCUCGUCGACGCCACAGAGGAGGAGGCGCGUCCAGCACGCCAAUCUCAUUGCCAUGGCUGGCACAGUACCGACGAUCAGAACAGCGGCGACGACAACGAAGAAGACGAUCCCCCAACGCUACCCAAAGAAGCCACACCUAGCCGCCUCAGAUGCGCAGCGGCCACAAUACUCGUGCUGGAGAGGUGCAGGUGGGAGGAGCAGAACGAGGGCCGCCGCUCCUACGGCGGCUACAUCGACGACGAUGAGAAACCAGUCACCCUCAUUGGCAUUGAGAUCGACGCACCGAGGCUGCGUCGCUUCAGGUACAAGGGGCUACUCCGGCCUUUCUCAUUCAAUCCACGGCCACCGGAGUUAGAACAAGUGGAUCUGCAUUUCUACCCGGACAACAACUGGAGGAACAAGGAUCCAAACCGUGAUCUAAAAACCUUCUGGCGAUUCGCUCGGAGCUUUACCAACACCAAGACAAUGAGUCUAUGUGUAAAACAUCUCGAGGACAUCGCCGUCCUUAGUGAGGCGAGGCGGGUGGAGGUCCUGCCUGUGUUCCACCGGCUGGAGCGACUCGAGCUGCAAGGAGUGCAUAGGCCGAAAGGCAAGACCGCGGCAGUGGCAAUCGCAAACCUCCUUCGAUGUUGCCCAGUGCUCCGCGACCUCCAGAUCGACCUCACCACAGAGCAUCACGACGCCACCAAAAGAUACAACUACGCACAAGAAUUCCUCGAAAGGAAAUUUAGAUCUGAUCGCGACAAGUCCAUGGAUUGUCUCGACCGUUGCAGUGAUUCCGAGCCAACGAUAGUUGCGCCAGAAGGAAUUGACCUUGGUGCUAACUAUGACGACCUUCCUGAUAUUCCAGGCUUAAGUCGACGGCGCUCGACCGAAUGCCUACAGACCUCGCUGAGGAGAGUAGGUUUGAAGUUCCAGCUAGAGAAGUCAGACAGUCUUGGUGUUAGACUGAUUAAAUUCUUCAGUGAGAAUGCGAUAGUUCUUGAAGAAAUGCAUAUUGAUGGCGGAAAUAAAAAGUUUCGCGACCACAUAAAUCCCAAGGUUGAAAGAUGGAUCGCCAAUUCAUCUGAAAGAAUACAGUCCCGAAAGAAAAGCUUUGUGGUCUUACCCCUUAACAGACUACAAGGAAUGAGAAUUCUUUGA